AUGAGGGCCACAUUCAGCACUGCGGUGGUGCUAUCACUCGCUGUCACUGAUGUCGCUGCCCAUUAUAUCUUCAAUCAAUUUGCCACUAGCAGUUCCACAUUCAAAGUAUAUGAGCACAUCCGCCAGAACUCAAACUACAAUUCUCCUGUAACAAGCUUGACCUCUAACGACCUACGAUGCAAUGCUGGAGGAGAAACUGGCUCUAACACUACUACUGUUGACAUUAAAGCUGGUGAUGCCUUCACUUUCAGCCUGGAUCAGGCUGUAUACCAUCAGGGUCCAGUCUCUCUUUUCAUGUCGAAGGCACCUGGUAAAGCAGUUGAUUACGAUGGGAGCGGCAAUUGGUUUAAGGUUCACGACUGGCUUCCCAGCUUUGGGUCUGGCAGCGUAACGUGGCCGAUGUACAAGCAAUACACGUACAACAUCCCCAAAUGCCUACAAAGCGGCGAAUACCUGCUCAGGAUUCAGAGUCUCGGAAUUCACAAUCCCGGAGGCACUCCGCAAUUCUACAUCAGCUGCGCUCAGAUUAAUCUGAGUGGUGGUGGAAGCACCUUGCCGAGCACUGGAGGAAAGAUUCCAGGCCUUUUCAAGGCGACAGAUCCCGGCUAUACUGUCAACAUCUACCAGCCUGAUUUCAAGAGCUAUACCGCACCUGGUGGAGAUGCAUUCUCGUGCUAA